GGGGGCUCCACAGUAGGUGAAGCCGCUCGCUUCGUGCCACCAUAACUGAAGCAGGUGUCCACCAUGGCGCACGCAGGCUGCGGCUCUUUGGCGACUAUUCUCUUUUUAUUCAUCUUUCAGGCGGCUGUUCUCCAAGGAGCCGCACAGAUUCCAGUGGUGAGUCAGAACCUGGUGACGGACAACGUGUCGGUGGUGGAGGGCGAGAUGGCCAUCAUCAGUUGUCGGGUGAAGGAUAACGACGACUCGGUCAUCCAGCUACUCAACCCCAACAGACAGACCAUUUACUUCCGAGACAUGAGGCCGCUAAAAGACGCUCGCUUCCAGCUGGUCAACUUCUCCGACAACGAGCUGCGAGUGUCGCUGUCCAACGUGUCGCUCUCAGACGAGGGCCGCUACGUUUGCCAGCUGUACACCGACCCGCCGCAGGAGGCCUACGCCGACAUCACCGUGCUGGUGCCCCCAGGUAACCCCAUGAUCGACGCCCGCGACGAGGUCCUGAGCGAGGGCAACGAAACGGAGAUGACCUGCACCGCCAUGAGCAGCAAGCCCGCCGCCACCAUCAGAUGGAUGAAGGGCGAUAAGGAGCUCCCAGGAAAGCCCAAGGUGGAGUUGACCUACGACAGGAUGUACACGGUAACGAGCCGUCUCACGUUCACCGUCAACAAAGAGGACGACGGCGUACCGGUUGUUUGCAUCGUGGAUCACCCCGCAGUCAAAGACUUCCAAGUACAGAAAUACCUGGAAGUUCAGUACAAGCCUGAGGUUAAGAUCAUGGUCGAGUUUCCUCAGGGUCUGACGAGGGAAGGAGAGAACCUGGAGCUGACGUGCCAGGCCAAAGGCAGACCUCAGCCACAACUAGUCAACUGGGUGAAGGUGGACGAUGAUGUGCCGUCCCACGCCGUCAUCACCGGCGCAGACCUUUACAUCGAAAACCUCAACAAGUCCUACAACGGAACGUACCGCUGCGUGGCGGCCAACUCGUUGGGGGAGUCGUACGACGACUACAUCCUCUACGUCUACGAUGCUCCCACCACCACCCCCAAACCCACCACUGCCACCAUCUUCAUCAUCACUUCCUCCUCCUCCCUCCACCCCGAAGCCAGUCAAGACACUGCGCCCAGCACUGAACCUGCAGCUCAUGAUUCUCGAGCCGGCGAGGGAGCCCCCAGAACGGUGGACCACGCGGUGAUCGGGGGAGUCGUGGCUGUGGUGGUCUUCGCUAUGCUCUGUCUACUCAUCGUCUUGGGACGCUACUUCGCCAGGCACAAAGGUACCUACUUCACACACGAAGCCAAAGGGGCGGACGACGCGGCCGACGCCGACACGGCCAUCAUCAACGCCGAGGGCGGCCACACCAACUCCGACGAAAAGAAGGAGUACUACAUCUAAUCAAAGCAGGACCCCGACACCUUCAGCGUCCUCUUUAGGAUGCGCUUGUUUCUGGGGGGACUCGGGGAUUUGGGGGGGGGGGGGGGUUAGAGGGGAUCUGAAAUGGUCACAUUAAUGGGUGGGAGGAGCGAGAAAAAAAAAAAGCAGUUUGUCUAGUCUCGUCCGCAAAUGUAGGUUGGAAUGUUUUAUGUGUUGUAGGGAAAAGAAAUCAAAAGGACGGUUUUUAAGAUGCGGACAAGAGGAGGACGGUGGGGGUGGGGUGGGGUGGGGUCAGAGAGCUUCACCGUUCAGCACCUACCUAACGACAUGUUUAUUUUCUUGUUGAUGUUGUCGAGUCCCCGACCGUUUGCAGAAGAUCCUGUGCCUUGUUCGGAUUUUUUUUCGUGGCUUUCACAAGCUCCUUGGGUUUCUGUUGAGGGUACAAAAAAAAUGACAACCCCCCCCCCCCCCUCCCGCUCGUCCCCAACGACUACCGCCACCGCUUCCUCUUUAACGUCAAAACACUUCAUAGCAAUUGAGUAUACUGUGAUAUAUCUGCGACUCGGUUAUGUCCCACCCCUUGGGGAAAAAUGCAAGGAAUGCGUCACCAUAUCACUGUACAUAAUAAUGAGAAUAGUUGUAGACUGUUGAUGACCCCACCCCACCCCACCUCAACCUUCGCACUCCCUGUCAAACAUGACCAACCACCGUCAGAGUAUGAUCAAAAAGAAGACAGCAAAAAAACAAUCUCUUUUGUUGUUUUUGAAGAAACUCAUGCUUGGUAACCUCCGCCGCCCGCACAAUGCCCACCAUGUCAUUAUGUUGAUUGCAUAUUCUGCACUGUUAUUUUAAUCCCCCCCCCCCCCUGCUUUUUCCUCGCGAGUUCUAAUUGAGUCCCAAUGGCGACACGCAACAAAAUUCCAGUUUCCCCACUGGCAUUGUAGGAAAAUCUGAAAUAUUUGCUGUUGUUUUCAUGUAGAAUGAACUCCAGCCCAUUUUGCACAUGCUAACCAAAACGAUUUGCAAUCUGUCCAGACUUGGAUUUAAUCAAAGAUUUCAAAUUUGUCUUCAGAAACGGCGAGGUCCACCAAUUUGUAUAGUUUGUACAAAAGCGCUACAUUAAAUCUUUAUUUGGAAAUAUUUGUUCUUGACACUAAUUGUCAUAAUGCCGGUGGAAGGUAAACUCUCCGGGACACUAACGACUUUUUUAUUUUUCUAUGCUCCCCAUUGCUAGUGUGCUUUUUUUUUUUUGGCUUAAAUUUAGUUUCCACUUGCAUGAACGUGUUGGCUGGAUUUCUUCUCGCUCUGUUGCUUUUUUUUUUAUGUCACCUGCCAAAGCAAAACUAAGAGUUUGUAUUGUCAGUGGCGGCCAGGGAAACGGAGAGGAAUGUCAGAAUGUUUCCGGCUGACGUUGAGUUGCGCAAGUGGGAUUUUUGCAUGAUGGCGCUAGCAUCUUGAGGUCGGACCCAAGGUCCAAUCGAAUGUUGUUGUUUGUUUGUCAAUGUGUUCACACAGAAAGCAGCAUGCCUAACGACAUUGCUCCCAUUCCAAACAUUCCAUUACUAUUCAACCAAUUUGCCAUCAUGGCUGAUUAAAUGUACAUUAUUUCAUAUCAUUUCGCAAUCACAACAAUUUUUCUAUUUUGAAACAAAUUGUAAUUUUACAAAGUUAAUACACUAAAGUACGCUGAAAACGACCGUAAAUUUCUUUAGGUCAGAGAAAAACAAGAAAUACAUUGGUGGCAAUAUUCGUGACCCUUCAACAAAAUCUCAGUUCUUCGGAAAUUCAACAAUUAACGCAAGCAUUUUUUGUUUCAGAAUUUUGACACUGUACAUUUGAGUGUUCGUUACAAUAUAGAAGCAAUAUUACCGAAAUCAGAAAGAUUGGCAAGAGUCGCCACCAAAACCUUUGUCCAGCUUUUGUUCUAGUCUGACAACUUAAUUUGUGUUUUCCGAUGAAAAAAAUGUUGCUUUGCAUUGGACAGCGGUGACAUUUUGGUCUUAACUGCUCUUAUUUGGUCAAGAAAUGACGUGGCAACAUUAGCAUCAACAAAUAACCCCGGGUCUUUUUCGGAUGGUUCGCUUUGGCAUCGCUGAAAAAUUUUUGUUGUUAACGUCCCUUCAGAAAGUCUUCUUACUGACUUUGUGGACACCGUCGAUACUUUCCUGGCACGUUUGACAAGGUAAAAUUUCUCAUUACAUACGAUAGCUUUAAUAUCAUCAUGCACAAAGAAAAACAAAACAGUCACAACGUAGGAAAGAGUUUAGGGCAUCCCUCCCCCCCCCCCACAAGCCACCCCCCACCCCCACUUGAUGUUUUUACUAGAACGUGCAUUGCAGAUAAGAUCCAAGUCCCUUCCGUUUUGAUUCAGUUCGGCGUGAAUACACUGUAUAUGUCCAUGACACUGUUUGUUGUUUAUGCGGUUGGGUCGGGAACAGGAAAGGGUUCAAAGUUGAACUUUGAUGUUUUAUGGUCAACUUAUUAUUAUUAUUAGUGUUUUUAAUGUUGCUUUUUGAGAAUCACGGGGAAGCAGGUUUGAUUUUUUUUGAAUGAGACUUCAAUCUAUAUUCCCCAAUAAAUGAUAAAAAGGGAUGACAUUUUUCACCUGACCAAGGUAGCUGAGUUAUUACACAUCAAAAUUGUUUUCAGAUUUGGCCAAAAUUAUUGUUCACAAUGAAUCCAAAGUAUAUUGAGUUAUCUGGUUGCAAAGAAAUUGGUCAAAUGGUCAGCAAGUAUGAAUUUGGGAACUAAUUUAUAAAAUAAUUAUAUAUUUAAUCUCAAAUGUAUUCAAUAUUUUUUAAAAGAGUUGUAAAUCUGUUUUAUGAUUGAUUUUUCAGAUUGAUCGGCUUGACCAAAAUGUUUAAUGAGCAUUCACUCCCAAAAUUCAAAACUACAUGCUUUUCAUUUUUCAGAUAAAUUCAAGAUGAACACCAUCUUUUUUGUCCUAUUGCUUUUUUUUUUUUUUUUAAUGGCUUACAAGUCAUUCCGUAUAGCUCUGUGAAAAUAAAUGGGUUUUAAAUUUAA